AUGCCAUUUGGAAAUGACCCGCCUGACUAUGUUCAUCUACGAAGCAAUGAAAGUCAAAUGCAGUUGAUAACGAUAAGUGAGAAUAGUGAUACUCCUACGCCGAGCGGAUCUCCAUGCUUCAAUGCACCUGCCAGAGACGAGGCUCCUGCUGUGAUUUUUAUUCCAGGAAAAAAAUUCCAGGGAACGUUCCGAUGGUGGAAAACUCGGACGACGAUGGAGAAGUUUCUUCUGCCGAUUCUUUUACUAUUCUGUCUCCUGACAGCAGUUCUUCUUGCAGUUAUAAUUAACACUGAUAAACGGAUAGAAGCAAUGAAAGCUGAUCAUUCAACACAAACCCAUAGCUCUUUCGGAGGAGAUCCUACUGAGAAUCCAACAAAAGCCCCAGAAGAUCCUAGGGUACCACCAAUCGUGCCUGAUUCUGAAGCACCUACGACUCCCCAGCCUCCUGUAGUGACGUCAUCUGAGAAACCAAAAGAACCAGAAGUGUGCUCAACACCAGGUUGUGUCAGAGCAGCUACCCACUUUUUGAACGCCAUGAACACCUCUGUCGAUCCAUGCGAAGACUUUUUCGAAUUCGCAUGCGGCCAAUGGAACGAUCAGCAUCCAAUCCCAGAUGACAUGUUUGGUUUCGGAACGUUCGCCUACGCUCGAGAACAAGUUCGCCAGCAGUUGCGAGUACUUCUCGAACAAGAGACGCUCUCAGAGUCGGAGUCGAUUAAUAUGGCUCGCGCGACUUAUAAGAGUUGCAUGAAUAAGACACAGUUGGAUGAGUUGAAGACAGGGCCUCUAUUCGAGACCCUUACGGAACUCGGAGAGUGGCCACUUCUUCAGGAGAACUGGAACAAGACGACGUUCAAUUUCACAAACCUCCUUGUCAACUCCCGUCGUGAUUAUGGUGUUGAUGUUUUCUUUCAACUUUACAUCUACGCUGACUCUAAAAAUACUUCGAGAAACACGCUAUUUAUAGAUCAAUCCAACUUGGCGCUCGGUCGUGGAACUCGAGACUACUAUCUGAAUACCACUUUGUUCUCGAGUCAUAUGACUGCUUAUAGAAAAUACUUAAGGAAGAUUGCUCAACUUCUAAAAUCCGAUGGUAAUCUGACACGAAGUGAGACGGAGAUGAAUGCGGAUAUCGAGAAGAUCAUCGACUUUGAGAUCGAGUUGGCGAAGAUUAUCGUUGCUGAAGAUGAGCGUCGCAACAACACGCGUCUUUACAAUAAGAGAGAAAUCAGAGAUCUCUACUCUCUCUUACCCCAAGUCGAUUGGGUUCCAUUCUUCCAGAGCAUAGCACCUUCUGACCUGACAUAUCUGUUUCAUAAUGACACUGAAAUUAUUAUUUGUGAAGUGGAAUAUCUUCAAAAAAUAUCAGAGUUACUUGAGAAAACAGACGUGGGCUUGUUGACUAAUUAUGUGCUCUGGAGAGUUGUGCAGUCGAAUGUGAGGUAUUUGGAUGAGAGAUUUGAGGAUAUUAAACAGGACUUCCUGAAAGUGAUGACAGGACAGCAGCAGUCGCCACCGAGAUGGAAAGAUUGUGCUCAAGUCCCGUCUACAGUACUUCCACUGGCUGCCGGAGCAAUUUAUGUUCAGGCUCAUUUCCAAGAGAGUGAUAAAGAUGAAGCAUUAAGAAUGAUUAUGCAUUUGAGACACUCAUUUUCUGAUCUGGUUAAGAAGAAUGAUUGGAUGGAUGAGGAGACGAAGGCAGUUGCAAUAGAGAAAGCGAAUUCGAUGAUUAAUAAUAUUGGAUACCCGGAUGUGACUAAUGAUAUUCCGAUGCUGGAUAAGCAAUAUGUUGGGUUGUCAAUCAGUGAAUCUGAUACUUACUACUACAUUAUGAAGAAGAGUGUCGUUUGGAUGCAGAGCCGAGAAUUCCAGAAAUUGACGAAACCAUUUGACAAGCAUGAGUUUGACAUCUCCCCAGCCGUAGUCAACGCAUUCUACUCACCGGAGAAAAAUGCAAUCACCUUCCCCGCUGGAAUCCUCCAACCACCAUUCUUCUCGGGCACAUUUCCCAAAGCAGUCAACUACGGAGCCAUUGGAGCAGUUAUCGGACAUGAAAUCACUCAUGGAUUCGAUGAUCAAGGAUCUCAAUAUGAUAAGGAUGGAAACUUGCAUAACUGGUGGAGUGAGAGCUCAUUGAAUGCGUUCGACACGAGGCGCAGGUGUAUUGUGGAGCAGUAUGGAAACUAUACAGUGCCGAAGACUAGUUUUAGAGUGAACGGAAAACUAACUCAAGGAGAGAAUAUUGCUGACAAUGGAGGAGUGAAAGAGGCAUUCCAAGCUUAUCAGAAUUAUAUUCAUGAGAAUGGAGAGGAGCCGAGACUUCCGGGACUCCAACAGUACUCGAAUGAGCAGAUUUUCUUUGUCAGCUAUGCACAUUUCUGGUGCGGCAAGAAAAAAGAAGCGGCCGCCAUGCAACAAGUGCUCACUGACGAGCACUCUCCAGAAGUGUUCCGUGUCAUCGGAGUUCUCUCCAACAUGCAAGCGUUCGCCGACGUCUACAAUUGUCCACGUAACUCUCCAGUUAAUCCAGACCACAAAUGUAUCGUUUGGUAA